AUGGACCUUAAAGCGGGUCCGUACACCCGAGGGAAGAUCUUCAUUUCGCCUCGAGAAGACCCGAAGGAGUUCAUUCUCUCCUGCCUUGUCGUCUUUGUGAUGCUGUACACCCUCUACAACCUUCCGAGAGGAGAAUUUUUGUGGGAGCGAAGGCAGCGCUUGAUCAGAGAGCGUCUGCUGAAGGAGUACGGCCUGACGGAAGCAGAUCUCGACGAAAUCGGGGGCGUUGAGGCGCCGCUCUCCGACGAUUUGCCGGCGGCCGACGCCGUUUCUGCAGAAAAAAACUAG